AGUAUCUUAAACAAUCAUCCAAUAUUGAUUAAUCGACGGAGUGCCUCUGUGGACAGAACAAAUACACAUCGAACUUGCUAGACAAUCCAAGCGCGGCCGAGUGUUGCCUGCAACUCAAUAGCGAGCGAACAGUAGUAAAUCGUUGCGAUGGAAUUAAAGCUUCCUGAUACUGGCCUUACUUGGGGUCUUUGUUGGUUUGGAUUGAUAGUGAACAUAUCGGUGUCUGUGGCCUGUGGAUUUCAAGCUAGCUCCAUCAAUGCACCAGCGAAAAUCAUUAAAGCCUGGAUACGCGCCGUCGUAGCCGAUCGCUAUGGCGUUAACCUUACAGAGAAUUCCUUAACAAUUCUUUGGUCCUCGGUUGUAUCGAUUGUUCUGCUGGGUGGAGUCAUAACAUCUCAUUUCAGUAGCCAUAUAAGUACCAGAUAUGGCAGGAAAAAAUCGUUUCUUUUCUGUGCCAUUCUGCUGACGGCUGGAGCAUGCUGUUUUCAGUUCUGCCGUGUGGCAUCUUCGGUGGAACUGUUGCUUCUGGGACGAUUGCUGGUCGGCCUGGCAUCGGGCCUCACAACCAGCGUUAUACCGAUGUAUCUUGCCGAAUCCUCGCCGAUCAAGCUACGCGGCGCCAUGGGUGUUCUAUGUCCGCUCGGACUAACGGCAGGAGUGGUCGUUGGGCAAGUGGCCAGUCUAGAACAGGUGCUCGGUACUGAAGCAAACUGGCACUACGCUCUCAGCUGCUUUGCGGUGCUGAACAUGAUAUGCUACGCCUUUUACUUCUGGAUCCCGGAAAGUCCCAAGUAUCUGUACAGCGUCAAGGGCGAUCAAGUAGGAUCAUUACGUGCCAUCAGGAAACUAUUCGGACGGCACAGUAUCGGGGAUGAUUACAUCAAGUUACAGAUGGAAUGUGCUAACGGUGCAAACUAUACCACCGAACUGGAACCUCAAACCAGCCGAUCACUAUGGUCCGUACUGCGAGAUCCAACGCUCAGACUACCAUUGAUACUGGUGUGCGCCCUGCAAGGUGGACAGCAGCUGUCGGGCAUUAAUGCGGUUUUCUUCUAUUCAGUGUCCAUCUUUGAGUCCGUGGGGUUCAGCUCUACGGCGGCCAAAUUCGCAAACCUCGGUGUAGGUUGUUUGAAUCUGCUAGUGUCCAUUUUUGGCCCGAUACUGAUGGCGCGCUGCAAUCGUCGUCUGCUGUGUCUGCUUUCAUGUUCCGCGUGUUCGGUCAUUUUGUUUGUGCUUACGAUGUCCAUUUACUUCAUCGAUAUGGUGACAUGGUUUUCGUUCGUGUGCAUCGGAACCAUCCUUUUGUACAUCAUCUUUUUCCAGCUAGGGCUUGGACCUAUUCCCUUCUUCAUUGGAUCUGAGCUUUUCGAACUGGGUCCUCGGCCAACCGCAAUGGCACUGGGCAGUCUGUCCUCUUGGGGAUGUAACUUUAUCGUUGGAAUGGCCUUCCCCACGCUUCAGGGUAUCUGGGGAGCCUUCGUAUUUUUGCCCUUUUCCAUCACGUGCGUCCUGCUCACGUUGCUGGUUAAGUUCUAUCUCCCGGAAACAAGAGGUAAAGAGAUUAGCGACGUCGUAAAGAAAGUCUCGCAUGGUUUUCGCUCCAAAGUGUUGCGUGAUGAAUGAAGAAUCUUACCUCCG